AUGGGUGUGGACAGCUUAGGCCUAGGCCACGAUAAUGACAUGAUGGAGCCGCAGUUGAGCUUCGAAGGGCCAAACAAACCAAUCAAGAUUUGCGGUGGUGGCAAUUUUACUGCUUUGCUUCAGGAAGAUGGAUCGCUGUAUCUAGCUGGAGACGUGCCGCUGGAGCGUAGUUCAAGUGACGACAACUGGAUACAGGUUCGCGGUCUUUUCAAGGAUGUAUCUUGCGGCUGGUCACACGUCGUAGCUAUCACUUCUGAGGACAUUGUGGUUAGCGGUGGAGUGGGCGAGAAGGGAGAGUUGGGUCAACUAGACACCAGACAUUCUCUCUCUUUACAGCCAAUAUGGACGCUCCAAAACCCUCGCGAAGCCCAAGUUUUUGCGUGUUUCUACAAUACUUACGUCCUUGACGAUGGCAAGCUCUACGGAUGUGGUUCAAAUAGCAAGAGCCAGCUGAAGGAAUCUAAAUCUCGAGCCAUUUGUUCCUUAACAAUCGUAUCCGCGGGCCCCGUUUCACAUGCUUGUGUGGGUAAAAACUUCGUGUGCUUUGUAGAGAAAGGUCAGGCUCGUGUCAUGGGGACAAUGGCGCAAUAUGAGGCCGAAUUGCGUAAUAUCAUGUCAGAGAACACUAAUUUCGAAUUCAACUCUAUGUGGACUUCGAUCGUCGUAUUGCUGCAUCAAAAAUUUUAUUUCUACGGACAAGCGAGUCAAAAGCAAGACGUAGUCGCUGUGCAUUCAUUCAACGAACCUGCGACAGCUUGGAGCACUGGAAGCGAGCAUGGCAUGGUGUGUAUCGACAAGAGAGAGGUGUACUGCUGGGGGUGGGGCGAACACGGCAAUUGCGGAAGCAUUGCAACAUCUCGUGCGAUCAAUGGUGUUAAUGACAAGUCCAACGUCAACAGCGAAGUUAAUUCUGUAUACAAAGUGACCGCAUCGGACUCCAUCGUGUAUGCCUGUUUUGGAGGGUGUGCUACAUCCUGGAUAUGCACAGCUACUAGCGAGUCCGAAACCUGUAAAUAA